AUGGCAAUCACCGGCACUAUUCUUAUCGACGAUAUUGAUAUUGGUAAACUUUCGCUUGAUUAUCUUCGUUCUCACCUGAGUGUUAUUCCACAAGCACCGAUACUCUUCUGUGGUACACUUCGAUACAAUCUUGAUCCAUUCGAACAAGUCUCUGAUGAGGAAUGUCUUCGAGCACUUGAGGCUGUUCAACUUAAACAGUUGGUUCGCAAUAAUCCCAAUGGACUCAAUCUAUUGGUCUCUGAAUCGGGUGGCAAUUUGAGUGUUGGUGAACGCCAACUGAUCUGUGUGGCACGAGCCAUUCUCAAGAGAAGUCAUAUAUUGCUUGUUGAUGAAGCUACAGCAAAUGUUGAUCAUACGACAGAUAAAAUGAUUCAAGAGGUUAUUUCUGAAACGUUUCGUGAUCGUACCAUACUGACAAUUGCACAUCGAUUGAAUACAGUAGCCAAUAGCGAUCGUAUUCUUAUGUUGGAAAAAGGAGAAGUUGCUUAUUUUGGUACUCCAGAUAAUAUUGAUCUUUUUUAA